AUGAACUCUAACAAUGUUUUUUCAUCUAAUAACAUUGCUUCUACUUGCAUUAACAAUAUUAACAAUAAUAACACUUUAAAUAAUGAUUUACCUCCUAAUAAUAACAACAACUCCUCAAAUAAUGACGCUCCCACUUGCAAUAACAAUAAUAAUGCUUUAAAUAAUGAUUUACCUCCUAAUAACAACGUUUCCACUUUUAAUAACAAUACUUCUAAUAAUAAUUCAAAUAAAAACUUACCUACUGAUAACAAUUUACAUAAUAAUGCUUUAUCCUUAUAUUGUUAUUCUUUGGAUUCAUCACUCAAAAGUAUUAGAAGUGCACAAAAAAAAUUUGCAAGAAUAAGUGAUAAAAGUGGUAAAAAACCUAUACAACAUGGCAGAUCUUCAUCGCCGGGGGCAAAAUCAGAAAGAUCACGAUCUAAAUUACGAGAUCAUCGAUCCACUAAUAGGAAUCAGCCAAGAAAUCAUG